CAAAUUCGGGAUACUUAUGUAGUUUUUCUUUCAUAUAUUGAUUAGUUUAAACUUGCUAACUAUAUUGUGACAGUCUCUCUGAAUAAUUUAUCUUGCAUAGACGCAGUGACAGUACAAGUUCUUUAUUUCAACCUUCAAAGCCUGUCCCCAACUAGAUUCUUCCUUUGCAGUUAUAGCUAACCCCAUCGUCCAUAUUAUAUGUAGCAUUUUUCACCCCUCUCUAACACAACAUACACAAAGUGAUCGCAACCCCUUUGAAGCAUUGAUAUCUCUCUCCUUCCACUUUAGCCUUUUUCUCUCUGCAAAUCCAAAUGAAGAGAAAAUGGGAAGACCUACAAGGAGAAAACUUCAAUUCUCCUACGGAUAAUAUUGAGCUCCAUCUUGAGACUCCAUUACCUUUGGAGUGGCAACGAUGUCUGGAUAUUCAGUCAGGAGAGAUACAUUUCUAUAACACAAAGACUCAGAAAAGAACCUCUAUGGACCCAAGAAGAAAAUUUGAGAGUUUUACUCCUAAUAGAAGCCAUGGAAGUGAGGCCUUGAGCUUGGACCUUGAGCUCAAUCUAAAUUGCCAAUCAAAGAAGAAGAGCCAUAAUGAUGGGGUUAUGGGUGGAAGUUUGAUGAAACAAGCAAAUUAUGGGAGUUCUCCAUGGCUAAGAUUUGAAAGAGAGCAACAAGAAAUGGUUGCAAGAGUUUGCAUGCAAUGUCACUUAUUGGUUAUGCUUUUGAAGUCUUCACCCACAUGCCCAAAUUGCAAAUUCAUACACCCAAUAACAGAUCACCUCCAAAAUAACACUCCAACUACUACAACCUUCUUUUUACCUAAUUCUCUCCCUACUGAGAAUAAUAAUCAAACCCAGUCCUUAAAGAGUUUCUUCCCAAAUCCUAUUCAAAAUAAAGUUUAGUUUUCUUUUAUUCAUUCAUUUAGUAUUUAUAUGUAUACUGAAUUAUCAGGGAUAUAGCUAGAGGCAAAAAAAACCCUUUUUGUUUUUUGGGAAUGUGUAACUAUAUGAAAAAAGAAUCAUUACAUUGAACAUGGUUAGUGCAGUUGUGUGAAA